UUGUGAAAGUUCUAAGCAACUUAGUAGUCAUGUGAUUAGAUUUACGUCGUUUAGAGAGAGAAAAUACGCUUACGUAAACACGAAAAGAAAUAUGAUUGGUUAUUAUUAUUACAAUACUUUUUAUAUUACACCAUGACUAUAUAAAUAAUUUGUUUUAUGUUGAACAAAAGAAUAAUUAUAUAUGUAAUCAAUGUUGCAUGACGAUUACCAAUAAGACAACAUAAUAUAGUUUAGGGUUGGUUUGUCAUACACUUUUAGAUUUCAGCGAAGAAAGUUCAACAACUUUUAACGUCAGCACAUUUUUUAAAAAAAGAUAAAUAUAUAUUUAUAUACAAAUAUUUAUAUAUAAAAUCUGUUUCACGGCCGAACAGCAUUUAACGUUGAAAGAAUAUCAGGACAGGACAUAUAAUUACAUAUAUAUAUAAAAGAAAUCUGUUACACUGUCAUGGCAACGGCAGUACCUCCAACAGGAUCUUCUCACCACGCAUUGAUCGCAAACAAUGAAUAUCAAAUUAAAUUGGUCACGCUUCUCAACGAAUGUUGUGACCACUUACGUGAAAUUUUACAUGACCCAGCCCGUGGUAAUAUGCCAAGGGAUAAGAAACAAUUAUAUCUGUCAUUAAAAAAAUAUACGAAAGAUUUAAACCAUCUGAAAAGAGAUCAGCUGGAAAUCGUUUUUCCACAAGAUAAGGAAACAGAUUCGGGAUUGUUUGACAUCACUAUUUUAUGUGACGUUCUAAUUAAUUGUUGUCACGGUAUACAAGCACCAAUCGGUGGGUGGAGGACCAGAAAACCGCAACCGAACGAUUUCAGUGUCGGUGCGGAGAUCAUUCGAAUCAGAAAUGAGCGGAAUAUUGUUAUGCAUGGAAGAGCAAUAACUUCAGCACAAUAUAAUCGGUUAUGGAACGCCAUAGAAGGUAUAUUAAAAAGACUCGGAUAUGACAUAACGAAAAUUAGAGAUUUGAAGUCUGGUUGUUUAAAAGACUUGGACUUAUUUAAGAUUGAAAUUAUGAAAGCAGUUACUGAAAUUUUAAAUUUCAAUGUUAACAAAAACCAAGACAAUAUAAAACAAAAUCAAGAUGACAUCAAAGCAAAUAAAGAUGAUAUUCAGCAAAACGAAGAUGGUAUUACACAAAAUCAAGAUGACAUCAAAGCAAAUAAAGAUAAUAUUCAGCAAAACGAAGAUGGUAUUAAACAAAAUCAAGAUGACAUCAAAGCAAAUAAAGACAAUAUUCAGCAAAACGAAGAUGGUAUUAAACAAAAUCAAGGUGACAUCAAAGCAAAUAAAGACAAUAUUCAUCAAAACGAAGAUGGUAUUACACAAAAUCAAGAUGACAUCAAAGCAAAUAAAGAUAAUAUUCUGCAAAACGAAGAUGGUAUUACACAAAAUCAAGAUGACAUCAAAGCAAAUAAAGAUAAUAUUCUGCAAAACGAAGAUGGUAUUACACAAAAUCAAGAUGACAUCAAAGCAAAUAAAGACAGUAUUCAGCAAAACGAAGAUGGUAUUAAACAAAAUCAAGAUGACAUCAAAGCAAAUAAAGACAGUAUUCAGCGAAACGAAGAUGGUAUUACACAAAAUCAAGAUGACAUCAAAGCAAAUAAAGACAAUAUUCAGAAAAACAAAGGUGGUAUUACACAAAAUCAAGAUGACAUCAAAGCAAAUAAAGAUAAUAUUCAGCAAAACGAAGAUGGUAUUAAACAAAAUCAAGAUGACAUCAAAGCAAAUAAAGACAAUAUUCAGCAAAACGAAGAUGGUAUUAAACAAAAUCAAGAUGACAUCAAAGCAAAUAAAGAUAAUAUUCAGCAAAACGAAGAUGGUAUUAAACAAAAUCAAGAUGACAUCAAAGCAAAUAAAGAUAAUAUUCAGCAAAACGAAGAUGGUAUUAAACAAAAUCAAGGUGACAUCAAAGCAAAUAAAGACAAUAUUCAUCAAAACGAAGAUGGUAUUACACAAAAUCAAGAUGACAUCAAAGCAAAUAAAGAUAAUAUUCAGCAAAACGAAGAUGGUAUUAAACAAAAUCAAGAUGACAUCAAAGCAAAUAAAGACAAUAUUCAUCAAAACGAAGAUGGUAUUAAACAAAAUCAAGAUGACAUCAAAGCAAAUAAAGACAGUAUUCAGCAAAACGAAGAUGGUAUUAAACAAAAUCAAGAUGACAUCAAAGCAAAUAAAGACAGUAUUCAGCGAAACGAAGAUGGUAUUACACAAAAUCAAGAUGACAUCAAAGCAAAUAAAGACAAUAUUCAGAAAAACAAAGGUGGUAUUACACAAAAUCAAGAUGACAUCAAAGCAAAUAAAGAUAAUAUUCAGCAAAACGAAGAUGGUAUUAAACAAAAUCAAGGUGACAUCAAAGCAAAUAAAGAUAAUAUUCAGCAAAACAAAGAUGGUAUUAAACAAAAUCAAGAUGACAUCAAAACAAAUAAAGAUAAUAUUCAGCAAAACGAAGAUGGUAUUACACAAAAUCAAGGUGACAUCAAAGCAAAUAAAGAUAAUAUUCAGCAAAACGAAGAUGGUAUUAAACAAAAUCAAGAUGACAUCAAAGCAAAUAAAGAUAAUAUUCAGCAAAACGAAGAUGGUAUUAAACAAAAUCAAGAUGACAUUAAAGCAAAUAAAGACAAUAUUCAGCAAAACGAAGAUGGUAUUAAACAAAAUCAAGGUGACAUCAAAGCAAAUAAAGACAAUAUUCAUCAAAACGAAGAUGGUAUUACACAAAAUCAAGAUGACAUCAAAGCAAAUAAAGAUAAUAUUCUGCAAAACGAAGAUGGUAUUACACAAAAUCAAGAUGACAUCAAAGCAAAUAAAGAUAAUAUUCUGCAAAACGAAGAUGGUAUUACACAAAAUCAAGAUGACAUCAAAGCAAAUAAAGACAGUAUUCAGCAAAACGAAGAUGGUAUUACACAAAAUCAAGAUGACAUCAAAGCAAAUAAAGAUAAUAUUCAGCAAAACGAAGAUGGUAUUACACAAAAUCAAGAUGACAUCAAAGCAAAUAAAGAUAAUAUUCACCAAAACGAAGAUGAUAUUAAACAAAAUCAAGGUGACAUCAAAGCAAAUAAAGAUAAUAUUCUGCAAAACGAAGAUGGUAUUAAACAAAAUCAAGAUGACAUUAAAGCAAAUAAAGACAAUAUUCAUCAAAACGAAGAUGGUAUUACACAAAAUCAAGAUGACAUCAAAGCAAAUAAAGAUAAUAUUCUGCAAAACGAAGAUGGUAUUACACAAAAUCAAGAUGACAUCAAAGCAAAUAAAGACAGUAUUCAGCAAAACGAAGUUGGUAUUACACAAAAUCAAGAUGACAUCAAAGCAAAUAAAGAUAAUAUUCAGCAAAACGAAGAUGGUAUUACACAAAAUCAAGAUGACAUCAAAGCAAAUAAAGUUAAUAUUCAGCAAAACGAAGAUGGUAUUAAGCAAAAUCAAGGUGACAUCAAAGCAAAUAAAGAUAAUAUUCAGCAAAACGAAGAUGGUAUUAAACAAAAUCAAGAUGACAUCAAAGCAAAUAAAGACAAUAUUCAGCAAAACGAAGAUGGUAUUAAACAAAAUCAAGAUGACAUCAAAGCAAAUAAAGAUAAUAUUCUGCAAAACGAAGAUGGUAUUACACAAAAUCAAGAUGACAUCAAAGCAAAUAAAGACAGUAUUCAGCAAAACGAAGAUGGUAUUACACAAAAUCAAGAUGGCAUCAAAGCAAAUAAAGACAAUAUUCAUCAAAACGAAGAUGGUAUUAAACAAAAUCAAGAUGACAUCAAAGCAAAUAAAGACAGUAUUCAGCAAAACGAAGAUGGUAUUAAAGAGAAUAAAGAUAAUUAUAAUCGAUUUGCAGCCGAAGUGGAAAUAGUAAAGCAAACUAUUUCUUCAUCAUCAUGUGAUCAGAAGAGUUCUCAGUUGACAGAAACUAUAAAAGAACAACCCAGUUAUAUGCUACUAAAAAAUUUUCAUGGAGAUUUUGUAAUAAAAUUUGAUGAUGACUGCUUCAACUGGUCUGCACAAAGUAUACAAACUAUUAUUACUAAAAAUUUUACAAGACAAUCAAAAGAACUUAAUUUCGGCGACGAUUAUUUUGUAGAAGAAAAAGAAGGAAAACUAUUACUGCUUAUUUACAAUCACAAAUCUAUCAAUGCUGAAUCUAUCAAUGGGUUAUCCAUUACGUUAGUUGACAGUGAAAGUAAAACUCAUUUGAUUUCAAUUGAAGAUAUUAAAUUGGUCCAAGCGCAUAUGUGUGAAACCAGCCAUUUUGAUGUAACAACGCACAACAGUAGAAGAAUAUCUGAACAGAUAAAAUGCAUUGUAGGAGCAGAAAGAGAAGAAGCAGAUAUUGAAUUUAUAUGUGGUGGUAGCCUGCAAACAAUGGAACCUAAGGAGUACGAAGCAUUUGAAAGAGAUUACAUCCAGCGUUAUUUCACCGUCAAUGGUAAAUGCAUGGAAGAACCACUCCAAUUUCCACCUCCAAUGCAAAACGUCACACAUUCCUUAUUCGCACAAAAGAUAACGGAUGUUAUAAUCGAAUUACAACAUUUGUUUACAAUAUUUACGCAUUAUAACACGAAGGAACAUAUUCGAUUUCUAAAACUGGAUAAAGAAUUUUCUUUGAGUUUGGAAAGCACAAUUACUGAUAACAAAAGAAUUCUACUUGUGUUGCCAAAUUAUAUCGUCAACAUUAGAUACACAGAAACAACCGACGCAGUUAGAAUACAAGAUGAAGUCAAAGCGGGCGAAGAAGACUUGAAGGAGCUAUCUAUCAUCACUAAAAAAUAUCUUAAAAAUGGUCACCUGAAAAUGGUUAAUGUUGUAGCUGCACCACAUUUCGAAGAUAUCGAAAAUAUCCACCUUUGUGUAGACUGCAACCUACUCUCCAAGAAAACUUUGGCUGAGGAUAGAAAUAUGAUGAAGUUCUUUUCAAAUAUUUUGCAAAGCUCACAAGCACAAAAAAAAGUUCAGGAUAACAAGGAACGGUAUAUCAACAUAGUCGGUAAAGUCAUGUGUUUUAUGGCUACAAGAAAAGCACUCUAUUCUGUUCCUUCACUCAGUAAAAACGUCCACGAACAAAUAAGCUCGUUAAUACUUUCUCCACAGCAACUCCGUCAUUUAUACAACAACUCUUUAAAAAAAAUUAUAAUCGGUCCUUUAGGCAGUGGUAAGACAGUGCUAGCUUUAGCACAUUUGGAAAUUGCUUACGAGCGCUCUGAGAAUAGAUCGAUCAUAUACUACGUAGUUUGGGACGGCAACACAUUGCUGAAACGGGAUAUUGUCAAUCAUACUAAAAGAUUUAAUUUCAAAGCCGCUGUCGAAGUUGUUGUAAAGGAUAAUGUCGAGUUAGCUCAGGAUAUGAAAAUGAAUGAAGUGCCAACACCGUACCAGUUAAUAGAGUCAUUGGUUAAGAAACAUGUUGACCAAAACCUGCAUCUAAUAAUUGAUGAAUUAAAUGGAGAGUUAUUGAAUAAGGAAGAAUCAUCUUUGCUUAAACACUAUCUGGAGACUGAAGACAAAUUAAAUAACUCCUUCAUCAUUUUUUUCCCACAAUCCAUUGAGAAACAUAGAACAUUAAUUUCACACCAAAAAGUCACAAUACAUGACAAGUACAAGUAUGAAGAAACAGGAAUGGAAGUAUUAAAACUUAACAGAGCAAUGAGAACAACCCGGAUAAUCUUUCAGUUUUUAAAGGCUUUCGAAAAUAAAGUAGAACAAGACAAGGUAACAAUGAAGCUUCCCGAUCAGAAAUCAAAAGAUGCAAUAUCCACCAAAACAAAAAUCGAAAAAAAAACGAAUCUCUUUUCCAAAUUUUGGCAACAACUGAAACAACCACAAGAACAACGGCGACAACAACAGCAGCAGCUGCAGCAACCACCACCACCACAACAACAACAAGAACAAGGACAAACUACCAGUAGCAAUGUCACGCCGAUAAUAAAAGGAGAAGAAAAAGUAUUUGAAACACCGGUUGAUAUUGAUGUCGUUGCAGCUUCCAUACAAGAUGGGGAUCUUUCGGGUAAUGUUAGAAUUGACAUUUCCUUAAAAUUUAAUACAGCGUAUUCAAUCGGUCAUAAUAUCGAAGGAACAAAACCGUUAUUAAUACAUCCGGCAAAUACUCCGACAACAGACAAAGAGUUUAUACCAAUGUUAGCGCUUGUUUUACAAGAUGUAUGUUUACAUCAUGCCACUAAACGUUUGUUCAUAUAUAACACAUUCCCUCAAAAGGAUAUUUUCUACAGAAUACUAAAACUGUUAAAAAUUGAUUUUCUUCACUACGACAAGUACACUGACUGGAAAGUUUUAAAUUGUGAUGAUAUUAUAGUUAAAAAUCCCUUGCAGAGUCAAAAUUAUAACCUGCUCACUACUAUUGAGGGAAGUCGUGGAGUUGAAGCAGCCGAAUGCAUCUGUAUAAUUGAAAGCAAUGAUUGCAAGUUAAAACAUUUGACGUUAGAAGCAAUGUCCAGAGCAACACAAAAUCUGGUCCUUGUUUCAGCGUCCAACGUCUACCAAUCGGAUACAGUAAAAUCAUCAACUGGUCAUAUCAUCAGUAAACUGUUAACUGAACAUUUGGUUGAAUACAAUGUAGAAGUCUCAAAUGAUGAAGAUACGGAAAUACCGUUCACAAAGUCUAUAAAAAGUAACAAUAAAAUAGUUUUUAACAUAAAACCACAAUAUUGGAAAUUCAAAAAAAUGAUAAAAGAUUUGGAACAUGUUGGUUUUCAGGCAACGGAUGAACGCCUAAAUGCGCAUGAGAUCGUUAGGAAAAACCUUUAUCCUCCUGGAAAAGUGAGCAAUAUAAUUUGCUCAUAUUUGUCAAGUACAUCAUGUAUAUUGAGAUGGCAACAGGACGCUGAUAAGUACACCGUUAGUAGACAAGAAAGUAAUAGUUUAAGCUGGAAUAACUUAGUAACUGACUUUUCUUGCAAUCAAUACAUCGUUGAUUACAUGGUUAUUGGUGAAUCGUGCAAGUUUUGUGUAAUUGCUAAAAAUCAUCUUGGUGUAUCUGAUGACAGCAUUGUGUCUUAUCGUCACAAACUUCCAAACGUUAAGGGUGUCAGAUUUAAAGAUAUCGUGGAAAUUAUUAAAUCUAACGAUAUCAAGAAACUGAAAAAAUUGCUAUCCAUUCAUCCAAACAUCAUUCACAUGAGAGGUGAAUAUAAAAACACACCAUUGAUGUGGACAGUAUGUCACACCAACAAUACAUCAAUGGUGGAAAUACUCAUCUCAUAUGGCAGUGAUGUUUGGGCGGAAGAUAGAUUGACAUUCAACAGUUAUCAUUUGGCUGCGUUAUAUGAUCGUCACACAAUAUUAGAUAUGUUAUGUCGACAUGAUGUAACAAACAUCAACCGUGUAGAUGUUUCCAACCGCACACCACUACAUUAUGCUGCGGAGUUUGGUCACAUCUCAUGUGUUGAUGUUUUGUUACGUCAUGAAAAUAUUGAUGUGGCGAUCAAAGACUAUUGUGGAAGAACAGCUUUUGAUUUUGCUGGAUGGGUGAAUGAACAAAAGCGGGAAAUAAUAAGACGAAAAAUAAAAGAAUACGAAGACAGGACGAAGUAAAUAUUUCAAAUGAUUUUGUUUUGAAAAACAACAAUCAGUUUGUGAGAUGAGGAACGAGUCCAUUUUUUAGUUUUAUUUUAUAUUGUAAUAAAUUUAUUUGUAGUAAAACGUACUGAAAAUUUUUCUGUUCGAUUUUUAUCAAGCCUUGUUUCGUUUAUAUUUCAUUCAGGAAGCGACACAUGUCAAAGGUCACGUGUUUUUAACUGUCUCAAACUUGCCGCAUAGUGCAAUGUACAGUAAAUCUUAUUACAAACAUCAACUGAUAUACUUUCUCAACCUCGUCCCCAAGUCUUGUUAGGCCUUUUAUAUUUUGAAGGCCUGAACAAGGCCCUGGCCCUGUCUGGUCACGUGACGACAGAAUACCCACGUAUAGUGGGUAUUUUGAAAAUAAUUAUUUGUUUCGCUCUUCCAAAAUAUACACAAGCAGUCGAGAAAAAAAUAAAAGAACUGACAGAAUUAUUUAGAAUGGUUAAAAUAAUAUUAAUAAGAAAAAAAUAUAUAUAUAUUUUAAUAUAAAUAUUUUUAUCUAAAUAUUUUUAUCUAAAUAUUUUUUACAUUGUAAAAAAUAUUUUUAUUUACUUAUAAUAAUAUUAUUUAAUGUAUAAAAAAAACUGUUAAUAAAUAUUGUAUAAUAUAUUAAACAUUCACA